AACGUACCUUCAAACUCUGAGAGCGAGAGCCAGAAGAGAGACGUUGGCAUUUUGGUAUGUAAAACCUUCAAACUUGAAAUCAAAUUUGUCGAUGUGAGAGUGUGUGUGAGUUUGUUUGUUGUGUGCACUGUGCAGUGCUGAGAGUGGAAUCGUUUUCGGAAAAAGCCACACGUCUUCAUCAUUGCAUCGUCUUUUCUUCCAUGAAACAUCCUUAGCGGUCCCUUCAUAUAUCCUCAAAACCCACCUCACACUUGUCUUACCGUUAUGUUUCGACCCACGUUCCCAGUAUCUUCUUAUCUGCCUCCCUGCUAACUGCCCCAUUUCCCUUUUUGGACUCAAACCGCUUUCUUUCUCUCCCAGAUGGAUGUUUUUUCCGACAAGAACCAAACUUCUCAAAACAAAACAGAUGGGGUUUCCUCUUGUGUUACCGAUUCCACCGCAGACUCCAAGGAAACCAGUUUCUGUGCAUCCACUUCUUCUGUUGCCGUUGAAGAAGCAAAGGCAAAAGGCUCUUCUUCACCCGCUCCUCUUGGUUGGCCCAUUCUCAAGGCUACACUCUCCAAGCGCUCUAAUUCUCAUGAAAAAGAAAACGAACAUAAAUCUCACUUGGAAGACACUAAGCUUACUCGUAUUGGUUUGAAGUUGUCAGAAGUUGACAUGAUGAAGGAGAGGUUUGCAAAAUUGUUGCUUGGUGAAGAUAUGUCAGGUUCUGGUAAAGGGGUUUGCACUGCUUUGGCCAUCUCUAAUGCCAUUACUAAUCUGUGUGCAACUGUAUUUGGGCAAUUAUGGAGACUAGAACCCUUACCUUCUGAGAAGAAAGAAAUGUGGCAGAGAGAGGUGGAGUGGCUUGUUAGUGUUAGUGAUUACAUUGUUGAGUUGAUGCCUUCUUGGCAAACAUUUCCUGAUGGGAGUAAACUCGAGGUAAUGACUUGCAGGCCUAGGACAGAUAUUUUUAUUAACCUUCCAGCUCUUCGCAAACUUGACAACAUGCUUCUCGAAAUUUUAGAUAGUUUCACUUCUACAGAGUUCUGGUAUGUAGACCAAGGCAUUGUAGCCGCAGAUGCAGAUGGUUCAGCCUCUUUUCGCAAAACAAUUCAGCGGCAAGAAGAGAAGUGGUGGCUUCCCGUACCUCGUGUCCCUCCUGCAGGACUCAGUGAAGACUCAAGAAAACAGUUGAAUCACUCUCGAGAAUGUGCAAACCAAAUACUAAAAGCAGCCAUGGCUAUCAACAACAUUGCUUUGGCUGACAUGGAAGUUCCCGAGUCAUAUUUGGAAGUUCUUCCUAAGAAUGGAAGAACUUGCUUGGGGGAUUUUAUUUACCGUUACAUAACAUCAAAUCAAUUCUCCCAAGAGUACCUUCUUGAUUGCUUAGACAUAUCCUCUGAACAUGUUGCAUUAGAGAUUGCAAACCGUGUGGAAGCAGCGAUUUAUGUAUGGCGCCGAAGAGUCCACACUCGGUUCUUACCAUCCCCAAAGCCCAACCGUUCUACCCCAAAAUCAUCAUGGGAAAUAGUUAAGGACUUCAUGGUUGAUGGAGAUAAGAGAGAAUUGCUAGCAGAUAGAGCUGAAAGCAUUCUAGUUUCCCUGAAGCAGCGGUUCCCAGGCUUAAGCCAAACCACCCUUGAUACCAGCAAGAUCCAGUGCAAUAAGGAUGUGGGGAAAUCCGUGCUAGAGAGCUACUCAAGAGUUUUGGAGAGCAUGGCAUUUAACAUUGUAGCUCGCAUUGAUGAUUUGCUAUAUGUGGAUGACUUGACAAAACAGUCAGAGAGGUUUGCAUUAGUUCCUACUACUACUACUACUACUACUGUUAAGGUGGUUUCUCAGCAGAAGAAGGUUACCCGUCCACAUGCGGUGUCUGUCUCAGGCACUGUUACUCCGCACAAAGCAGCAUUUAGCAGACCAAGCUUUUCACCAGCUUCUGUGCCACUCAUUAGUCCUGCAAGAGGGGAGAGAACUCCUUUCCUCCAUAACAAUAGCAUCAAACCUCAUCGUCGUGGCUUUGCGGUGAGGAGAGUGCUGUCAAAUUAUCUUGGAGUAGAGACAAAGACCACUAAGAUAUGCAGCAACUCAACAGAGGUGAAAUGUUCAAACCCAAGUAGCAAGAAAACUGAACAACAACGUGAGAAGAAACCAUGCACACUCAAAAACAAAACCAAAUGACUACCAAAAGGUUUAUCUAUUAGAUCCACUCAGUAGGGUUGUUGAGAUUCGUCGACACAAAGUUUACAUAGUUUAGUGGAGCAUAAACUACGUUGUUAUAAAGAAGCAUUUAUUAUAUAUUUUUUAACUUUUACAUUUGUAUCAUUCACGAGGAAUAUAUAUUUGUUGGUAUUGAGAAUUCAAAUUCAAAUUCAUACUCAUCAGUUGG